AUCUGACUAACAGCACUGAUAAAAUGAUCCAUGAGCUGCUGCUGGCCCUGAGUGGAUAUCCUGGGACAAUAUUUACUUGGAAUAAACGGAAUGGAUUGCAGGUGUCCCAGGACCUUCCGUUCCUCCACCCCAGUGAAAGCAGUGUCCUCAACCGGCUCUGUAAAAUGGGCACUGACUAUGUGCGCUUCACAGAGUUCAUAGAGCAACACACGGGUCAUGUCCACCAACAGGAGCAUUACUCCAGUCAGCCGAGUCAGACGGGGCUUCAUGGCAUUUACCUGCGGGCGUUCUGCACCGGGCUCAACUCUAUGCUGCAGCCCUAUCGGCAGGCUUUACUGGACCUUGAAAAAGAGUUUCUUGGUGAUACACACCUCUCCAUUUCUCAUGUAAACUACAUGCUGGAACAGUUUCAGCUUCUCUUCCCCUCUGUGAUGGUUGUUGUGGAGACCAUCAAGUCUCAGAAGAUUCAUGGCUGCCAGAUCCUAGAGACUGUGUACAAGCACAGCUGUGGAGGCCUGCCUCCUGUCAGGAUGGCCUUAGAGAAGAUUCUUGCAGUCUGCCAUGGCGUGAUGUAUAAGCAGCUGGCCGCGUGGAUGCUGCACGGGUUGCUGCUGGAUCAGAGUGAGGAGUUCUUUGUAAAGCAGGGCCCCAGCGCAGGCGGAGCCACAGCUGCACAGGAGGAAGAGGAGGAGGACCUGGGUAUCGGAGGGCUGAGUGGAAAACAGCUCCGUGAGCUGCAGGAUUUGAGACUGAUUGAGGAAGAGAACAUGCUCGCUCCAUCCCUGCAGCAGUUCUCCUUGCGUGUGGAGAUGCUUCCCUCAUACAUACCUGUUCGAGUAGCUGAAAAAAUCCUCUUUGUUGGGGAGUCGGUGCAAAUGUUUGAAAAUCACAACCAGAGCCCAUCCCGAGCUGGGUCUAUACUGAAGCACCAGGAGGACAUGUUUGCAGCAGAGCUCCACAGACUCAAGCAGCAGCCUCUCUUUAGUCUAGUGGACUUUGAGAAUCUUGUGGAUGGCAUUCGGAGCACAGUUGCGGAGCAUUUAUGGACUUUGAUGGUUGAAGAAUCUGAUCUUUUGGGGCAGCUGAAGAUCAUAAAGGACUUCUACUUGUUGGGGAGAGGUGAACUGUACCAGGUCUUCAUUGACCUUGCUCAACAUAUGCUGAAAACCCCACCAUCUGCCGUUACUGAACAUGAUGUCAAUGUGGCUUUUCAGCAAGCAGCUCACAAAGUGCUGCUAGACGAUGACAAUCUUUUGCCCCUCCUGCAUCUCACCAUAGACUACCAAGGGAAAGAAAGCAAAGAGGCUUCUGGGAAUCGAGAGGGCACCACUCCACCACAGGAGACUUCUCCUCGUGAGGCUCCGCCUACAGGCUGGGCAGCACUGGGAUUGGCUUACAAGGUUCAGUGGCCCCUACAUAUUCUUUUCACUCCUGCUGUGUUGGAGAAGUAUAAUGUAGUGUUCCGUUACCUGCUGAGUGUGCGUCGAGUCCAGUCUGAGCUGCAGCACUGCUGGGCCUUGCAGAUGCAGCGCAAACAUCUCAAAUCAAACCAGAUGGAUGCCGUUAAAUGGAGACUCCGCAACCACAUGGCCUUCCUAGUGGACAACCUUCAGUAUUACCUUCAGGUGGAUGUUCUGGAGUCCCAGUUUUCGCAGCUCUUACAACAGAUCAAUGCCACACGAGACUUUGAGAGCAUUCGACUGGCCCAUGACCAUUUCCUCAGCAAUCUCCUUGCGCAGUCUUUCAUUCUGCUCAAGCCUGUGUUUCACUGUUUGAAUGAGAUCCUGGACCUCUGUCACAACUUUUGUUCCCUGGUCAGUCAGAAUCUCGGGCCUCUGGAUGAAAGAGGAGCAGCGCAGCUGGAUAUUCUUGUGAAGGGUUUUAGUCGUCAAUCAUUCCUGCUCUUCAAGAUUCUUUCCAGUGUGCGUAACCACCAGAUAAACUCUGACUUGGCACAGCUGCUGUUACGACUCGACUACAACAAAUACUACACACAGGCAGGAGGCACGCUGGGAAGUUUUGGGCUAUAAUGCAGCGCCUGAAGAUCUGAGGCAAACUUCACACAAUGGUGCAUUUCAGCUUAUUAAAGCAUGCCUAAUACAA